CCGGGGCGGCCAGCGCCGGGCCCGAGGCCGCCGCGCCAAAGGUCAACAGCGUGAUGAACGGGGAGUCUCUGGAGGACAUCAGGAAGAACCUCCUGAAGAAGCAGGUGGAGACCAGGACGGCGGACGGGCGCCGCCGCAUCACGCCGCUCUGCAUCGCUCAGCUGGACACGGGGGACUUCUCGCCGGCCCUGUUCAACAGCGUCCCCAUCCUGCCCUCGGGCUCCUCCAUGUCCAACCAGCUGGCCCCCCAGCUGGGCUCCGACUCCAGCCCGGCGCCGGCCUCCGGCCUGGGGCUGCGGCCCAGCCAGGACGCCCUGCUGGCCUCGGCGCCGCCCGGCGGCGUCAAGCUGGAGGACAACGCCGACGGGGUGAAGCCCAGUCUGCUGCUCACCUCUGCCUCCAAGAUCGAGCCAAUGAAGGCCCUGGACUCCAGGUUCACCGAGAGGUCAAAGGCCACGCCGGGGGUCACGGCCGCCAUCUCCUCCACCGCUGGACUGGCCCCCCUGGACAGGCCGAAGGACGCUGUCUCCGCCACCAAAGACGCCAAAACCAAAGAGGACACCAGCAGCGACAGCGAGGACAAGAUGGCCACCAUCAACAAGAACCUGGCCUUCGGCAAGAGGAAGUCGGAGCUGCUGAUGGACGCCGCCGAGGUGGUGGAGAAGAGGAAGAAGGGCCGGCCCAGGAAAGACAAGAUGGCCACAGCCAUGCCGCAGGCCUUCCCCCCAGAUGGCCCCUCCGGCCGAGCGGGAGCCCGGCAGGGCGGCGGCCCCUCCCGCCGCUCCGGCCGUCCUCAGACUACCAACCCCGAGCACGCAGAAGGCCUUCAGCCUGCAGGUGAGCAUGGAGCCGUCGGUGUUCCUGGAGGUGGAGAACGAGGUGUCUGUGGUGGCGGGUUCCAAGCUCAGCCAGCUGCGCUGCUCCAGGGACGGCCGCGACUGGAGCACGCUGCUGCCCAGCCCCGUGGUCACCGCCGCGGGAAGCAGCGAGGUCCUGGCCGUGGCCUGUGAGGACCGGAUGCUGUCGGUCUUCUCCUCCUGCGGGCGCCGGCUGCUGCCGGCCAUCCAGCUGGCCACGCCCGUGUCGGCCCUGCACUGCUCCGCCCACUUCGUCAUGGUGCUGACGGCCGGCGCCGCCCUCUCCGUCUGGGAUGUUCACAAACAGAGAGCCCUGGUGAAGAACGAGUCCCUGCUGACCAUCUUACCUGGCAAACCCAUUUUUUCAGUGGACAUCCACCCGGAUGGGACCAAGUUUGCGACGGGGGGUCAAGGGGAGGACUCGGGGAAGGUGAUGAUCUGGAACAUGGCCCCCGUCCUCAAAGAGGAGGACGAGAAGAACGAGAGCGUUCCCAAAAUGCUCUGCCAGAUGGACAAUCACCUAGCCUGUGUGAACUGUGUGCGCUGGUCCAAUAACGGCUUGUAUCUGGCGUCUGGAGGAGACGACAAGCUGGUGAUGGUGUGGAAGAGAGCUGCGCUGAUCGGGCCCAGCACCGUGUUCGGGUCCAGCAGCAAGCUGGCCAACGUGGAGCAGUGGCGGUGCGUCACCAUCCUGAGGAACCACACCGGAGAUGUGAUGGACGUGGCCUGGUCGCCGCACGACGUGUGGCUGGCGUCCUGCAGCGUGGACAACACCAUCGUCAUCUGGAACGCCCGCAAGUUCCCAGAGAUGGUGACCUGCCUGCGGGGCCACACGGGGCUGGUGAAGGGGCUGACCUGGGACCCGGUGGGGAAGUACAUCGCCUCCCAGGCCGACGACCACAGCCUGAAGGUGUGGAGGACGGUGGACUGGCAGAUGGAGGCCAACAUCACCAAGCCCUUCAGCGAGUGCGGGGGCACCACCCACGUCCUGCGCCUGUCCUGGUCCCCUGACGGCCAGUACCUGGUGUCGGCCCACGCCAUGAACAACUCGGGCCCCACCGCCCAGAUCGUGGAGAGGGACGGCUGGAAGACCAACAUGGACUUUGUGGGCCACCGUAAGGCCGUCACCGUGGUGACAUUCAACCCAAAGAUCUUCAAGAAGAAGCAGAAGAACGGCAGCGCCCCCAAGCCGGGCUGCCCCUACUGCUGCUGCGCCGUGGGCAGCAAGGACCGCUCGCUGUCCGUCUGGGUCAGUACCCCCCCUAACGCCCAUAUCCGGUCCGGUCCGCUGGCCUCAGCUGGGUCUGACCAGCUCUCCCUCUCUCCCCUCCAGCUCACCUCGCUGAAGCGCCCUCUGGUGGUCAUCCACGACCUGUUUGACAAGUCCAUCAUGGACAUUUCCUGGACGCUGACCGGGCUGGGCAUGCUGGUCUGCUCCAUGGACGGCACCGUGGCCUACCUGGACUUCUCCCAGGACGAGCUGGGAGACCCGCUGAACGAGGAGGAGAAGAACACCAUCCAUCAGAACAUCUACGGGAAGAGCCUGGCCAUCACCACGGAGGUCCAGCUGUCCACCACCAUCAUCGAGAACCCGGAGAUGCUGAAGUACCAGCAGGAGCGGCAGACCUCGGCCCAGGCCGGCGCCGGGGCGGCCAGCGCCGGGCCCGAGGCCGCCGCGCCAAAGGUCAACAGCGUGAUGAACGGGGAGUCUCUGGAGGACAUCAGGAAGGUGAGCCCAGGGGGCGGAGCCUCCCACCCCCCUCCCCCAGCAGGAGCCCCCGUUAACGCCCGCCUCCUGUUCCAGAACCUCCUGAAGAAGCAGGUGGAGACCAGGACGGCGGACGGGCGCCGCCGCAUCACGCCGCUCUGCAUCGCUCAGCUGGACACGGGCUGCUGUUCCACCUUAAAUCAGUGGUUCUGGGUGCUGCUCCACCUUAAAUCCAGCCUGCUGAGGCUCGGGGGCGGAGCCGGCCCCUCCAUGAACCGCUGCUGUCCCCCAGGUGCCGACUCCAGCGUGUCCCAGUCCCUGCUGACCCAGCAGGGCGUCCCGGUCGUGGGCCUGUCCAACGGGAAGUCCUACUGCUUCAGCGUCUCCCUGGAGACCUGGACUCUGAUCGCAGACAAAGGCGACUCCCUGGUCCAGUGUGCCGACUUCAGGAGCUGCCUGCCCUCCCAUGAUGCACCUGUGUCCUCGGGGCCGCUGGCCGUCAUGCAGGGACGCAACCUCAACGCCGGCCGGCUGGCGUCCCGCCUCUCCUCCACGCCGCAUCACCUGCAGCAGAGCAUGACGCUGGCCUUCCUGGAGAACCAGCUGGCGUCCGCUCUGACCCUGCAGUCCUCACAGGAGUACCGCUACUGGCUGCUCAUCUACGCCCGCUUCCUGGUCAAUGAAGGCUCAGAGUACCGACUCCGGGAGCUCUGCAAGGAGCUGCUGGGUCCCGUCCACAAAUCCACAGCCACGUCCUGGGAGCCCGCCACUCUGGGUCUGAGGAAGCGGGAGCUGCUGAGGGAGGUUCUUCCCGUCAUCGGGGCCAACCUGCGCUUCCAGAGACUCUUCACAGAGUACCAGGACCAGCUGGAGCUGCUGCGCAGCAAGUGAGGCCGCCUGGACCCGGAUGUGGACCUGGGCCGGGUCCGGUGGGGCCCAUGUGGACCCGGGUCCGUUGGGGCCGGACUCUGGACUCUGAAGGCCCCUCAGGGGGAGCUUUGCUUUGGAUUUGUUCCCUCCUGCCUCCCUCCAGGAAUCAUGACUGCACUCACAGAGGCCCACCUGUGACCCCCCUAAACCCCCCCCAUGGACAAAGGGGGCAGAACUGGGCCGACCCGGACCUGGACUGGACCUGGACCGGGUCUCUGGCAUCUACAGGGGACAAAACCAGAUGUGGGCUCAGAGGGAGGAACUGUUGGUGUUUCCUUCUGUGGGUCCAGAGCAGAAUCAUGAAGCUAAGCCCCGCCCACAGGGGGG